AUGAUUGUAUUUAAAUCUGUGGGAAUAUUAUGCGGAAUAGCAACCUUAGUGAAAACUAAUAUGCUGAUAAGAAGCAUGGGUCCAGUUUCAGAACUAGACAUGGAAUAUUCAAUGGAUUGUUAUUUUCGGCAAUAUUGGCGAGAUACUCGUUUGAGCUUUCUUGGUCCUAUAAAAUCACUGUCACUCAGUAUAAAGAUGCUAGAACGGAUUUGGAGACCUGAUACUUAUUUUUACAAUGGGAAAAAUUCAUACGUUCAUACAAUCACAGUUCCAAACAAACUAUUGAGAAUAACUCAAGAUGGAGAUAUUUUAUACUCAAUGAGAUUGACGAUCAAGGCCAAAUGUCCGAUGGAGCUGCGCAAUUUCCCUAUGGAUCGCCAAAGCUGCCCUCUCAUCCUAGGAAGCUAUGCUUACACGCGAGAGCAGUUGGAAUAUCAAUGGCAAAACGCGGACUCUGUGACCUUCGUUUCGGGCAUGACACUAUCACAAUUCGAUCUGAUGAGUGCCCCUUACAGAAAUUUCACUUUUACGAGAAGAGAAGGUGAUUUUUCUGUCUUGCAAGUAUCUUUCAAUCUGCAGAGACACACAGGAUACUUCUUGAUUCAGGUUUAUGUACCAUGUAUACUCAUCGUGGUUUUGUCUUGGGUUUCUUUUUGGAUACACCGAGAAGCGACUUCGGAUAGGGUUGGAUUGGGAAUAACAACUGUGCUUACCCUAUCUACUAUCAGCUUAGAUUCUCGAACUGAUCUGCCUAAAGUGCGCUACGCAACAGCUUUAGAUUGGUUUCUCCUCAUGAGCUUUUUCUACUGCAUUGCUACGUUGCUUGAAUUUGCAGGGGUUCAUUAUUUUACGAAAGUCGGUAGUGGUGAAAUCAUGCAAAGCGAAGAUGAUGAAUGGGAAACUGUGACUUCUUCGAAGGAUGUUAGUGCACUUGGAGUUCCCGAAGAAAAGCAAAUAUCAGUUAGACGCAAAUGCUCAAUUAUUUGUCCAAUUUAUAAUGAUCCUGCAAUCACUUAUGGAACAAUUCACAGAAAAACACCUCCAUCGUGCAGACAUAAAAGAAGUUGCAGUCCUCUCUCGAUAAGUGCUACAAGUACACAAAUUACAGUAGAGCGAACGACUCAAACUGAGAAAGCAAUUCCUCGCUGGAAGCAAUUAAUAUAUUGCCUUCUUGGAAAUGAUGAGUUCAGGCGACAGAGACAGAGAGAGGCUUCGAGUUGCAAGAAGGAAAGAGGAGCUAACGGAACCAUUCGCCAAGUAAAUAGUGUGUCCAUGAUAGACCGGAUGGCAAGAGUUUUAUUUCCUGCUAGUUUUGGAUUAUUGAAUCUAUUAUAUUGGAUUAUAUACGUUACUUAUCAAGAAGAAUUCACAUGGACAAGGAUGGAUUCUUUGAAUUGAAAAAAUAUAAUUUUCUAAAAUAAAUGAGAGAAUUCCCGGAGUACUGUACCGGCAAAAUGACCAAAUGACUGGACUAUCAUGGGAGUAAUGGAGUAAUGGAAUCUACAAUAUUAUAAUAGGUGGC